AUGGCAGGAAGUGCGGUGGCAGCCAUCUUGACAGCUGCUCUUAUUCUUGUCUGUGUGUCUCUAGCAUUUAUCAAGUCAGACUCUCUCCUUCAAAAAGUAGAUCAGCUGUCUCUGACCGACCCGAUCGACGACGCGCUGGCAACCGGAAGAGAAUUCACUGUGCCUGGAGGCUUGAAUGAUGCUGUUCCGAGAUCAAAGAGCGGCAUUCAAUCAGCAGAAGCAAAGCUGGCACGUUUCCAGUCGCUCUACGAUGACGAGAAGAUGUCAGAAGCCGAGCUUGCAGGGCGGCUAUCAAGAGCCAUCGACGAACACGAGAAGUGCAGGAGACAUUGGCCUCACCUCGAGAGCCUCGAGGCUGCGCAGGAGAUCCGUGUUCAUGAUGCACGGAAUAAUCUUGAGGUAGCUAAUCGAGCCAUGGAACGGGCGAGGAAGGAGCUGCAAGAUGCCGAAGGUUUAGUCCUUGCUGCGCGACAGGAGCAUCAGACCUACGAGACUCAGAGGACAGAGUUCCAGGAAUUCAAAACUCAGUAUGACGCGGAGACGUCGUCCAUGAAGUCGAAAGCGAGAUAUGUUCAGCUGUAUCAGAUGCAAGAAUCCAAGGAGGCAAAAUCUUACUCCGAGCAAGUCAGGAGGGCAAGGGAUCUGACCAGACAGGAAGAACUCUUGCAGGACUCGAAGAAUGAUAUCCUUAGCAAAGAACACGAGGAGAUGCAAGCCCUGCAGAGCAAAGAGCACCCUCCUCCCUUGCACAAACCUACCGUGGAAAUCUCCCAUCUGAAACCGAAGCUGUUGAAGCGGAAGACUCCCUUGUUGUCCAAGAUUCGAGCCGGCAUUGUUGUUCCGGCCGACGUCUCUGACAGGAGUGAAGAUGAACAGCGGGAGGGGAGAAUGAAGAAGCUUUCUGCUUUGAAACUCGUCAGAAAGCUCAGGGAGAAGCAGAGCGAAUUGUCCAAGAAAGAGAUCGAUGCCUUCGCAAACCUCCCACACAACGAAAAGAAAAUCGUCAAAUUGGACAAGAAAAUUGCGUCACUGCGUCGCCAGCAGGGUCUAGACCACAGCAGGAUCGUGGUAGCAAAGGAAAAUCUCCGGUCUGCGGAGGAGCACAAUUAUGGGAGCAAGAAGAUCAAACUCUUGAAGGAGAAAUUGGUCCUUGCGCGUGUCGAUGAUAAGAUCAAGAACAUGAAAUUGAGGAAAGACGAGAAAGCCAAGGAAAGCCUGGUCAAGCAUGAGAGGGAUGGUCCCAAGUACUCGAGGCAGUUGACGGAGGUGCAAAGCAAGCUAAAGGAGCUGGAGGCUGAGCAUCCAGACAUUCUGAAAGAGCUUGACCAAGCAAGGGAGACUGAGCUGGUCGAAUUGAGCAGCGAACAUCAGGCACAACCGAAAAAGAAUGCUCUUCCCGAAUACAUUCGUCGUGAGUCCAAGAAAGAAUUGAGGAAGAAGAUCGAGGCAAACAGAAAGAGGCUGCAGUCUAUCAGAGACGAGCUGCUGGCUGUGCAAACCAAGCUAAGGGCUCAGCAGCAGGAGGUUGGGGUACAUGAACAGAAGCUGAGGGAUCGCCAUCACGAGGUUAAACAUUCCACCACGCUGUUGAUGAAUGGGAACAGUCAAGAGCUCCAGGAGUUGACCAACGUGUACGAAGACAAGCUGAGGGCGCUGCACGAAGAGAGAAAGAAGGCUGACGGGCUGCUGGCUAAGGCAGAGAGGAUGCUCAACGUUGCUCGACUGGACAGUCUGCAUGCCUCGAGGACGAAAGCUGCAGCACUGGAGGAGCUCUCUUACGCCACUGCGAAGCUGAGAAGAUAUCAGGACCUCCGAUCGCACUCGCAGAGAUGCCAGAUGGAUGCCUGGUCGGAAAUCCGCGAGUUGACACAUAGGGCAAGGAGCAACAAGCUGCUUGAGGUAGAGCGUGUAGAGGGGAAGGACUUGUCCAAGAUUGAAGUUCUUCGACAAGUUGUGGAUGAUGCGAAGACGCAGGAGUUGGCUCAGAUAUAA